AUGCCUGCUGCUAAGAAAGAUAAGAAGGAAGAAAACGAAGAAGAAACCACACCAAGCACCGAGAAAUCCACAAAAGGUGUGAAGAAACAAAAGAAGACCAAGAAGCCUACUGAUCCAAACAAGAGAAUUGCCAAAGAAUAUUGCGAUAUUGAUGAGAAAAACGUUCUCUCUGGACCAAGAAGAAGAACCAACGUCAAUUACAAGGAAACGAUCCAAAAGGGAGCCAAAGGUGAGAAGGAAUCCAAACCAGUCCAAAGAGAGAGUGCCAACACGUAUGAAUCAAGACAAAAAAACGUUGCAAAUAUCACUAAGAAGAAGAAAGGAUCAAAGAAGAAACAAGAAGAGAACAAGUAA